AUGAGCCGCUUCAACAACCACGGGGGUCGCGUACGCAGCCCCAGGGCAGUACGCAGCCCCAGGGCACACCACCACACCCGGGGCACACCACCACACCCGGGGCAGUAUGCAGCCCCAGGGCACACCACCACACCCGGGGCAGUACGCAGCCCCAGGGCACACCACCACACCCGGGGCAGUACGCAGCCCCAGGGCAGCGCCCGGGGAGCAGGGGGGGUUUCAGGUGCCUUGCUCGAGGGCACCUCAUCCGUUGAUGAGGACGGCAACGCGGUGCUGCGUGUGGUGCGCCUGCCGCUGGUGAGCUCCACCCUCCAGUCGGUGACCUCCGUGUACUCGGGGGUCAAAGGUCGCUUCCCCCUGCUGGGCAUGGUGGGGGGCGUGGCCGAGGUCGGGCUCCGGGCCGCCUCAUUGGCCGCCCUGAGCCAGGUCACGCCCCUCCUGCAGAGCCUGAACCCGCAGAUCGAGGCCGCCAACGACUACGCUUGUUCCGGUCUGGACCAGUUGGAGAAGAACUUCCCAGUCCUGCAGCAGUCCUCUGAGGAGGUGAUGGGCCACCUGAAGGACGCCCUCCUGCUGACGGUGGACGACGUGGCGGGGCGGGCCGCCGAGCUCAGCGAGCUGCUGCGCCUCCAGCUGGGGGCGCUGCAGGACUCGCCCCUGGGCCGCGCCGCCUACUCCGGGCUGGACGAGGUGCUCAGCCAGCUGGAGGACGCUAGCGCGUACUACCUGCCGCUACCGCCCACCAUGCGCCUGGAGUGGGAGCGGCGGGUGCAGGAGUUUGAGGAGCAGGAUGAGGGGGAGGAGCCGGGGCUGUGGACGCGCUUCAGGGGGCUGCUGCUGCGGCUCAGCCUGCAGCUCUACCACCGGCUGCAGAGGCAGAGGGACGCCCUGACCGCCGUGGCCCAGGGCCUGAAGGAUAGGGCCGCCCGGGUGGGUCUGGGCCGGGUGGUGGACAUGAUGGGCUUGCAGCUCCGUCAGCUGCAGCUGUUCCUGUCGGCGCUGGUGCUGCAGACGGGGGCCCUGCAGGGCUUGGCCCUGACCCAGCUCCGGGCCCAGGCCGGCCUGCUGGCCGAGCUGGACCUGGCGGGCCAGCUCCGGGGUCUGCCCCACAGGGCCACCGAGGUCCUGGUGGACCUGCAGGAGCUCACCAUGGUCCUGCUGCAGUUCCUCAUCAACUCCAGCCCCCUGUACACCAUGCUGCAGCAGCCUAGCGACCAAGACGUGGACCUUCUGCAGCAGCCUAGCGACCAGGACGUGGAGGACUUCCUGAACCAGGAGCGCUUCACCACCCAGAUCGCCCCGCGCCGCGACUCCACCAGCAGCCUGUUCCUCAAGGCCAUGGACGGCCGGCCACGCCGCCGCAAGAGCCUGUACUCCCGGGCGCGGCUGGGCUCCGGCAGUGCCGCCAACCCCCAGGGGGCCGUCGCGGCCACGCCCGGCAUGCCCAACGGCGGGGGCCCGGAGCCCGGGAAGUGCCCCCCCGUCACCCCUCAGCGCAGACCCUCUGCCACCGAGCUGCUGCUCAGCCCCAUCCUACAGUUCGUGUCCCAGGGCCAGAAGGCCUUCGACUACCUGAGCCCCACCGGCCCGGCGGACCAGGGCGGGGCCGGGGCCCUGGUCCCCGAGGCCGAGGGGGCCGGGGUGGCGGAGGAGAAGGAGCGGAGGCCGUCAGCCAUCGAUGUGCUGCUCAGCCCCCUCCUACAAUACCUGAGCCCCGCCCUGCCCGCGGAGCAGGACAAGGAGGAGGAGGAGGAGGAGGAGGAGGACGAAGACUGA